UCUCCAAGAAAAGUCUUCGCACAAUGUGAAGAAGGCCAGAGCCCUCCGGAUGUCCAGAGUAUGCAGGCUAGUGCCCUUCUGCGGUUUUGGGAAAAAGGUAGUUAGCAUGAUCAGUUCGUUGAGAUGGAAUUCUGUACAGACCUUUGGCAAGAAUGUCGGGUGGGGUCUAAGUAUGACCCUAUCCUUCGUGAAAACUGUGGAAGGAGGUUCUGACAUUAAUGCCCCAAGUUCGCUCAUCCUCCUGUUGGAGGUGUUGGCUAAGAGGAAAUAGACUUUCAUAAAAAGAAAGGGAAGUGGUAUUGUUGCCAAUGGCUCAAAAGGAGGUCUGGUGAGGUAGUCCAGAACAAGAUUUAGGUCCCAUAAGGGGGGUGGGGCCUUAUAUGGUGGGUACACAUUGUGGAGUCCCUUAAGGAAUUUCUUCGUGAUAGGAUGGUUAAAAAUGGAAAAACCGUCCACCGAGGUAUGAAAUGCUGCUAUUGCGGAGAGGUGUACUCUUAGGCGAGGAAGCAUGAUGCUGCACCGAUGCUGACAGCAGAGUCAGACAAGCAGCCAGAUGAGACUGCUAGAGAUCAGCCCCAGCAGGAAAUUGACACGCAUAGCAGGCAUCAGUAUCCAUGCCUGCCUUCCACGUCUUACUCACCUGGGAGGUCUCCAUCAAGACAGUCCCCUCCCAGGUCUAUGUCACCUUCGUCCCUUCAAGACGCUCCCCUUCCUGAUGAUGACUGUCACACGGUGUAUUCCUCAUGGCAUGCAUUGCCUAGGAAGUCUCGCUCCUACCAUUACAGGGCUCCACCACAGCAGACCCCAUGGCACCCAUACUGGCCUUACCCACCCCCGCCUUAUCCACUGCAGUGGGGGUCCUGGGACCACUGGGAGCCAUACAGACACCGCUCCCCAGCUUGCUCCACUCCAUCCCAGAGAAGCUUGCCUCGACCACAACCUCUACCCCCAGCAAGCCUGUCGGAGGAAGAGGUGGAAUGGAUUUCGGACAAUGAAUCAGACAUUCAUUCAGUAAAUGGAAAACCGGAUGAUGCCGUGGUACCAUCAGACACUGUAGCAAUUGAUGAUCUAAAACAGUUCCAGGAACUAUUCAAGAGAGCAGCGACAAGCCAGCACGUGUCCCUGCAAGAGGUGCAAAAGAAACAAUACCAACUACUAAAAAAUCUACAUCCUACAUUACAUAGCAAGAUUGCCCUGCCAAUAGACGAGGCAAUCAUGGAGACCUCAGAAGACUUGUGGAAGACACCCACAUCCAUUCAACCAACUUAUAAAAAAAUCGACAGAAAGUACUUUAUCCCCUCAAAAGACUUUCUCUUCAUGCACCCACAACCUAAUUCAUUAGUCGUAGACUCAGCACAACAACGUGCAAAGUUCCCACAAUAAAGGACAGGCAACGCAGUCAAAGACCACAAAAAGUUGGGCUCCUUUGGAAAGAAAAUAUACUCCUCUUUCACCCUACAACUCAGAAUAUCGAAUUACUCCGCUCUCUUAGCAAAUCAUGACUUUGACAAUUACUCAAAACUGGGAGAACUGAUGCCACAUCUCCCUGAGUUCAAAAGAUCCAUCAACUUUGAAUAAAGACGCUAAUUAUCUUACCCAUUACAAAGACAGCUUCCCCAAUUAUCACCUCUA